CUUCGGACCAAUUGUUAUUGCUUGAGUUUUUGUUUGACAAUUGAUUGUUAUAUUAUAUUUUUGUAUAUUUUUGUGAUUAAUUUUUGUUUAAAUUUCAUCAUGUUACCGUCCAAUUAUACAUAUGAAGGUCCAAACGGUGUCAAACUAUUGAGAGUGAGAAGUAGAGCUGGCCAUCGACUGAGGGUAACUCAAGAGUUAGCCGAGGAACUUGACAAAGAUUAUGAAACAAGAUUAUUAAAGGAUGAAAAAUUGAUUCUACUUGUUGAUCUUGAUCAAACUUUGAUUGAUACAACCAAUGAACCUCCACUCGAUGGGAUGAAAGAUGUUUUUAAAUACCAACUAUAUGGACCCAACUCACCCUGGUAUUUCACAAAACUUCGACCUCAUACUUUCCGUUUCUUGGAAAAUAUUUCAAAACUUUAUGAGCUUCAUAUUUGCACUUUUGGAGCUCGUAUUUACGCACAUAAAAUAGCUGAACUUAUUGACCCUAAUCAAAAGUAUUUUUCACAUCGAAUACACUCGAGAGAUGAGUGUUACGACCCAGCCUCAAAAACGGGCAACCUUAAGGCGUUGUUUCCUUGUGGAGAGUCAUUAGUUUGUAUCAUUGAUGAUAGACAAGAUGUUUGGAACUUUGCAUCUAAUCUGGUUGCCGUUAAGCCUUAUUUUUACUUCAAAAACAACGUUGAUAUCAAUUCUCCUCAUGCAUCUAAAGAAAAGUCUCUGAUAUACGAAAUGACAAAAGUGAGAAAUGAAGCAGAUAAUUUUAUUGGAUAUAAUCAAGAACCAUUGAGCUCUACCAGUGAAACCAAACAUUUUAUUGAGGAUACGGAUGAUUAUCUUCUCUACUUGGAAGACAUAUUGCAAAGAAUACAUAAAACCUACUUCCAGCAUUAUAAAGAUAUGAAAAGAUAUGUCACCGAGGAAGAAGGAGUUAAUAUACCUGACUUGAAAAAGAUAAUACCUCUAGUACGAAAGAAAACAUUGCAAAGUGUUAAUAUUGUGUUCAGUGGAUUAAUUCCAACAAAUAUGCCACCCGAAAAAAGCCAACUGUAUUCUAUGGCAUCAUCUCUUGGGGCCAAUGUAACCAAAGAUUUAAUUGUGGAUGGAUUUCCAUCUGAGAAAACAACUCAUGUCGUUGCAUCUAAACUGGGUACAUUAAAAGUUUCCAAAGCUAUGCGAUGUGAGAACAUUCAUAUCGUUAACCCAUACUGGUUAUAUUGUUGUUCAGAGAGAUGGAUAAAAGUUGACGAGAUUUUAUUUAAAUUAAAGAAAGAAGACAACUUCGAUGCCAUUCAAGAAAAACCUAAACCAUCUCCAUCACCAACGUCAGUUACUGGCUUCAAUGCUGUACCUUUUAUUCAUGGAGACAGUCCUUCGCCGCAUAAUUUAUAUGAUUCAGUUGCCGCGAAAAAUAUUAAUCCUAAUUUUCAAAAAGAGAAUCGUGAACCUGCUGAAAGCAGACCAAUUGGAGCAACUAAUGCACUAGGUUUAUCAACCAGCCAAAGAUUUAUUGCUUCAAGCUAUAAACAAUUGCCAGGCUUACCAAAUGCCGCUCAUCAACCUCAAGCAUAUCAACAAAUACGACAAGUUCAACCAAUGGUUUCAUCACCAACAAGCAGAGAACCCAAAAGGUUUCCUCAGAGCACUUGUGUUUGGUUUGACAAUGAUGAUGUCACUCCUCCUCAACCACCUCCAAGAAGACGAAGUGUAAGCUCGGCGAGUAGCUUAACUCCUACUCAUGAAACAAAUGAGUACAGAUUUGGUCAAGUUUGGAAUACCCCUGAUUCAAAGAGUCCCGCUAAACCAAUCAAAUCUCAAAAUAGCCAACAAGGUAAAUUAAAGGAAAUCCAUGAGUUGGUCUUCGCAAGUCCAGGUCGAGUCAAGGAACAUGCCCAAAAAUUGAACAAAAUUGUCUCAUCGAGUGAUAUUAAACCACCAAUGCCUGUCAACAUCAAUUCACCCCCAACACCAGUCAACAAAGGACGAAGUAAAGAUUCAAAUAAGGAAGAUGAUAACGAUUCAGCUUCCGUUCAACCCUUCGAUCCACUAAAAAGGAAAUGGAUGAUAACAACAUCUAAUUGUGAUUACAACGAGAUGGUUUCCUUGUUGAAAAAAGAUCCAACUCUAGCCGGUCUAAAGGAUUUCACCUCGGUAAGUAAUCAUUUGACCUUAGCCCAAAAAUAUUUUGCAACUCAUAACUUUUUUUGUCUCUCCUUUCAUUUUCAGGGGUAUACGGCUUUACAUUGGGCAGCUAAAUUUGGUAAAGCUGAAAUCAUUAAAUUAAUUGCUGGAACUCAUGGUGUCAAUGUAAACAAAAAAUCUCAUGGUGGCUACACUCCUCUUCAUCUAGCAGCAAUCCAUAAUCAUGAACAUAUCUUGGAACUUUUCAAAAUUUACGGUGCUGACACUUCAAUUCGUGAUUAUUCUGGGAAACUUGCCGAACAAUAUUCUAAUCGAGGUCCACUUCGAACAGCCAAUUUAAACAGCAAAUUAAGCAAUGGAUCGCUAAAUGGGUCUCAACAUAAACAUCAUUCCAGUUCAUCUCAUAAUCACACUAAAAUUACAGAUAAAGGUCGUUCCGAAUCAUCAUCAUCCUCAUCUUCAGCAUUCAUCCGGAUUGGAUCAUUAAACAAAAUGCGUAAAACAGCGGCAGCAAUUAAAGGUAUCAAAAGCUGGGGAUCAGCUGAAUCUGUUUCCGAUUCUAACACAAUGCCACCGCCAAAGAGCUCAACAUCCAAAAAGAAGCGAAGUAAAAAAACUUUAAGCUCACCGCCAAUGGAUAAAAUUGUUUCCAGCUCCAGAGAUUCAGAUUCAGAUAGUGCCUAUGGUUUUGUAUAGAGACUUGGUUCGUCCGACUUUUUGCUUUUCCAGUUUUGCAAUGAACCAAAUUUAUUCCGUCCAACCAAUUUUGGGUUCAAUUUUAACCGAGAAUCUCAAAAUUUUGACAAAAAAAUUUUCUCUCAACUUUUGUUUUUAAAUUUUACCUUUUAACUUUUAUCUUGAAUCUCAAAGACUUAUUUUUACUUAAUGUGUAACCAAGUUAUGGCCAGUAAUUGUAAAUUGGAUUCCAAUCGACAUCAUUCCUUGUACUUAUUGGUUUGCAUAUCGAGUUUACAUAUCAACAAACUUAAUGUAACCAUGAAUCGAUGAACAAAAAAAGCUCAAAACGAAACGAAAAAUAAAGUAUCCAAAAAAAUGUCAAAA